CCGGCGCACGCUGCCUAGUCCAAGCCCGGCCUCCCGCCCCUCACCCCUAACCCUCCGUGGGGCCGCCAAGCAAACCACCUCGCGACCUGCGGACUGCAGCCUCCACCCGAGAGAGCGCGCGACAUGGCGGCGGCCAAGGCCGAGAACCUCUCCGUGGUGGUGCACGGACCCGGAGACCUGCGCCUGGAGAACUAUCCUAUCCCUGAACCAGGCCCAAAUGAGGUGCUGCUGAAGAUGCAUUCUGUUGGAAUCUGUGGCUCAGAUGUCCACUACUGGCAGCAUGGUCGAAUUGGACAUUUUGUUGUGAAAAAGCCAAUGGUGCUGGGACAUGAAGCUUCAGGAACAGUCGUAAAAGUGGGAUCAUUGGUCAAGCACCUACAACCAGGUGACCGUGUUGCCAUUGAGCCUGGUGCUCCUCGAGAACCUGAUGAAUUCUGCAAGAUUGGCCGAUACAAUCUGUCGCCAACCAUCUUCUUCUGUGCCACGCCCCCUGAUGACGGGAACCUCUGUCGGUUCUACAAGCACAAUGCCAACUUUUGCUACAAGCUUCCUGAAAAUGUCACCUUUGAGGAAGGGGCCCUGAUUGAGCCACUGUCUGUGGGCAUCCAUGCCUGCCGGCGAGCUGGAGUCAGCCUGGGGAACAGGAUCUUUGUGUGUGGAGCUGAUGUCUCCCAUUUUCUGGUUUAUUUAGGGCCAAUAGGAUUGGUCAGUUUGCUCGUGGCCAAAGCAAUGGGUGCAGCUCAAGUCGUGGUGACUGAUCUGUCAGAGUCUCGGUUGUUGAAAGCCAAGGAAGUUGGGGCUGAUUUCGUCCUCCAGAUCUCCAAGGAGAGCCCUCAGGAAAUUGCCAGUAAAGUGGAAGGCCUACUGGGGUGCAAGCCAGAUGCCACCAUCGAGUGCACAGGGGUGGAGGCCUCCAUCCAGGCUGGCAUCUAUUCCACUCGUUCUGGAGGGACCCUGGUGCUUGUGGGUCUGGGCUCUGAGAUGACCAGUGUGCCCCUAGUGCACGCAGCCACCAGAGAGGUGGAUAUCAAGGGCGUGUUUCGAUACUGCAACACGUGGCCAAUAGCCAUUUCAAUGCUUGCAUCCAAGUCGGUGAAUGUAAAGCCCUUGGUCACCCAUCGAUUUCCUCUGGAGAAAGCUUUGGAGGCUUUCGAAACAUCCAAAAAGGGAUUGGGGUUGAAAGUCAUGCUCAAGUGUGACCCCAACGACCAGAAUCCAUGAUGUGAAUUGGGCUCUGCCCUUGUCCCCACUCUCAGCGUCUUGGGGCUGAAUGGUUGGCUGGGCAGUCAUGGGUUUUGACGCAGAAGUUUCUUUUGAGUAGUAAGAAUAAUUAAAAUAAUUCAUUAUAAACAGAGAGCCUUACACAGAGGAGUUGGUGUGCCUUAAAAAUACAAGUAGGGAGAGUUUGGGGGAACAUGUAGCCAGAAUGACCUGUUCCUGCUGAUCAAAGUUCAACGAGUAGAGCAGAGCUUGGCAGGCAGGUGCCAGGAACUUCUUCUUCCUGGAGUACCUGAGUUGAAUAAGGAAAGAAACUUGCCCACUGGGUUCCUGGUUCCACUGUGACUGUGGCCAGGUGGGGGAUGAGGGCUGAGUUAUGAAGAGACGACUUAAAACUUUAUCAAGAUUUAACUGACCUAGAAGCUGAUUUUCACAAAAGUCUGCAGGUCAGUGUCAGUGAUGAGGGGUUGUCAGUAGUUUGACUUUAAAGCACGGUGUUUCUAGACAUAAGUGCUCUUUGGUUUGAUGAUUAAAGGGACUCACCUUCCUAAGUCUAGGAUGAUUUUAAAACCAAUCAAACAAAUAAAACCAAUAUCUCAUAUGAGGUCAAACCCACUUGCAUUCCUCAAGUGUGUAAAUAGUCAAGGAUCUUCUCAGCACUGCUUGAAGAAUUGUCUCUUCUUCAACUUUUGAGAAUUCUGUGUAACUUACCUCACAAGGUAAAAAAAUCACCUUCUCAUCACUCCUCCAACCCUUCUGCUCAUUCAGAGGUAGCCAGUGCAGGCUUCUUUGCCACUAGGUAACCAGGAAGCACCUACCUAAGGACAGCCACAGGGGUCCUCAUGGGAGACCUUAAAUUGCACCUCUGACUAGCGUAGGAGGGUUUGGUCAGUGCACCUGUCUUUCUCUCCCCACAGGAUCAGCAUCUCUUUCCAGGCUCAAGCUCACUGAUGAUUACUAGACAAUUCAUUUAAUUCUGGCCAUUAUAAAGAGAAAACCUUUCCCCUUCUCAGAGCCACUUAAGGUUCUCUGUACUUUUUGUCUGUUUGAAUGAUAGCUCCAACCUUGUCUAUUUUAAUCAUGGUGUUUUCCUGGGUAAAAUUUGGAUCCAAAUCACAUCAUGCCAUUUAUGACUUUGAGAUUGAGUCAAGAAUGAGGAUAUGGUAGCUGUGACAUAAUUUGGGCUGCAGCCUUUAAUCCCUCACUUCAGCUGAGGGUAGAGGGUGAGUUUGAAUAGGUUCUGAUUUUCGUGUGACUAGGGAAUGUCAUGACCAGUGCCUGGGAUUCCUCAAAUUGGUUUGGGUAAUAAAUUCGGCUUAUAUUUCUUGACUGCUGCCACCAUUUGUGGCUCUAUUUAGGGAGGAAUCAACUUAGAUUACCCAUUUCACAAAGGGAAGUAUCUGAGAUUUUUGAGAGUAAUGCAUUUUCUGCAUCAAAUACAAUUUCCAUUGACUGGAAAUUUUACAUUAAUGAUCUCUAGUUCUCACAGCAAGCCAAGUACAUGAUUAUUUUACAACUAAGGAAGUAGAGAAAUCAACUAAUUUCCUCAAGAUCAAACAUUGCUUUCCUUUUUUCAUGUUGUCUCUGGAAGAGGGUGGGAUCUUGAGAUUUCUGUCUAUGCACAACAUAUGCACACACUCAGGAGCCUCACUGCCCACUGUGCUUCCUUCUUUGAGUCCUGUUUAGCUAGGGCCAGACUUGCCAGCUGCCUUCUCUUGAAGCUCUCUCUUUCCAGCUCAGUGAUGCCCGAAGUUCCUUGAGUGUAGAAUGAGAAAGCCUUCUUCUCUUUCCAGAUGGAAGUCUUCCAAUAGAAAUGCCCCUAAAAGAGGUGGGCCUCACUGUUAAAUCCACAAGUAGUAGCUCUUCCUCUAGUUGUGGUUUGGUGGCAAGAAGAAGCCACUGAAACUGAAAAGGAAUUAGGAGCUGCAGUGGGAAUUCCUGGAAAAGUAGGACUACCAAGGACAAAGACAUGAGUCACUUAUUUUAUAGUAGUGAUUGGACUGGAUCUUGGCACUUCCAUUUCCUGGUCUAUUAAAUGGGCUUCACGAUGUCUCUAUGGGGGCAAAUACCAAGAGUGAAACAGGCUGAUUGAAAACAGUAGUUCAGGGAACACUUUCCAUUUCCAAAUCCCCCCAGAGCUCUCAACCUACUGUGACAUUUCACAGCUUCCUAAGCAGGGGAAGAGAGAGUGUUUGGUGGGAGAGGAAACGGCGUGGGUGAGCUGCUAGUGAGUCCUACAGGUGAUAGGAGGGCCUGAAUCAGUUUUACUGAGCUGGAGCCUGAACUCCCUCGCCUCUGCAUCCUUAUUGAAAUGUUCUCUUCACUGUUUGGAAGGGACUGCACGUAGCCCAGGAAUUCAGUUCUCCUGCCACCUCCACUAAGUGUUCAAUAAAUAUUGAUUCAGUGAAUCAGUCCUGGAACAAAGAAUAUGAAUUCUCCGCAAGCUCCCCAAACUCAGGUAACCCUACUGGCCUCUGUGUGCUCUGUCCCUCGUGUAUGGCACCAGUCAACACUGAGGACCUCACCCAGCUGGCGCUCCUAGCAUGAGUGGAGGACUGGGAAGAAGUACCCUGGUAGGUGGAAUGGAGAGGCUGCCCCAUGGGCCCCAAAGGAGGAAGGGGACACAGAUCCAGCAACUCCCUCUUGCCCUCCACAUUUGGCUACAGUAGAUGCUGACGUGAAGUCAUUUCUGGAUUCCCAAUCCCUGGUUCUUAGACCAUCCUAGUCUUUGUAGCACAGUCCUGCCUCUUCCUUCCUGGUUCUCUGGUGGGUGUAACACUGGGUCCUAGUGUUAAUAAGCCUGGGGGGAGGAUUCCGAAAUAGUGCUUGCCAGCACUGGUGUCUUUAUGGUAGAACAAGCUCCCCCAAAUGGCUGCCACCAGCAUCUCUGUUCCUAGGAGCCUUCUGCCUCUCUGGGAGACUCUCCAAGAUUAGCAAAUGGGUCUGACCCAGGCUUCUUUCAAAUUACUGCUUUUGCGCUGGGUCUUGGAGUGUGUGAGAUUUUGUGUGUGCCCUUGAGAGUGCAGUCUCUAUUUCCUACAGUCCUCUGGCUUUCCUAAAAGUAAACCCCACUUGCCUUCAAAGUCAAGUGUUCUGAGGCUUGUCUUCUCCAUGCAGCACCCCUAGGCUGGGGAGUCUAAUGUGGGGCUCAGACUCCUUGAUCCUUGAGGAAAGUAUCUGCAAUUGUAAUGAUCCUCCCAUUUGUGGGUCACCCAUUGUGAGGUAUGAGAUUUGACUGUACCGCAUCUCUACCCCUCCUACCUGUCUUGGUAUGGUUCCUUCUCUAUAUCUUUCGUUAUGGAGGAUGUUUUCUGCUAAUCUUCAGGUCUUUCUCAGUAGUGGUUGCUCUGUAAUAGUUGUAAUUUUGGUGUUCCUGUGGGAGGUGAACUCAGGGUCUUCCUGCUCUACCACCUUGGCCUCUCUUACCACUAUGUCACACAUCAUCAUUUUAAAUCACCAUAUCCCAUUGUAUGAAUGUACUACUAUUUAUAGAGAAAAUCACAGUAGUUUGGGUAUUUGGGUAGUCCAUAGGGUUGGGGGCUUACAAUAAAGUUGCAAUGACUGUCCUCGUGCAUA